UUUCCUUACAUUUUUUUUUUAUUUUUUAUUUAUUUUAUUUUCCCCUCUCUCUUUAUAUCAAAUAAUGGCUCAAACUUUAUUCGAUAAAGUCUGGAAAGACCAUGUAGUAGAUCAACAAGAAGAUGGUACUUGUAUUCUUUAUAUUGAUCGUCAUUUGGUUCAUGAAGUCACCAGUCCUCAAGCUUUCGAAGGUCUUCGUAAUGCUGGUCGUCCUGUUCGUCGUCCUGAUUGUACUUUAGCUACUGUAGAUCAUAACAUUCCUACUACUUCCCGUAAAAACUUCAAAAGCAUUACUACUUUUAUUGAAGAAGCUGACUCUCGUACUCAAUGUGAAACUUUGGAAGAAAAUAUUCAAUCUUUUGGUUUAACUUAUUUUGGUAUGGAAGAUGAUCGUCAAGGUAUUGUACAUGUUAUUGGACCUGAACAAGGUUUUACUCUUCCUGGUACAACAGUUGUUUGUGGUGAUUCUCAUACUUCUACUCAUGGUGCUUUUGGUGCUCUUGCAUUUGGUAUUGGUACUUCUGAAGUUGAACACGUCUUGGCUACUCAAACUAUUUUACAAAAAAAGUCAAAGAACAUGCGAAUUACUGUAGAAGGUACUUUGGCUCCAGGUGUGACUGGAAAGGAUAUUGUGUUGCAUAUUAUCGGUGUUAUCGGUACUGCUGGUGGUACUGGCUGUGUUAUUGAAUUCUCUGGUUCGGCUAUUCGUGAACAAUCUAUGGAAAGUCGUAUGUCUAUUUGUAAUAUGGCUAUCGAAGCUGGUGCUCGUGCAGGUAUGAUUGCUCCUGAUCAAAAAACAUAUGAUUAUCUCAAGGGUCGACCUUUGGCUCCUACUGGUGCGGAAUGGGACAAGGCUGUAGCUUACUGGAACACCUUACGUGCUGAUGAUGAUGCUGUUUAUGAUAUUAACGUUGAAAUCGAUGCUGCUGAUAUUGCUCCUACUGUUUCAUGGGGUACAAGUCCUCAAGAUGUUGUUCCUAUUACUGGAAAAGUACCUGAUCCUUCUCAAGAAUCUGAUCCUACUCGUCGUUUGGCUAUUCAACGUGCUUUGGAUUAUAUUGGUUUGGAACCAAACACACCUAUGGAACAAGUCAAAAUUGAUAAGGUCUUUAUUGGAAGUUGUACAAACUCGCGUAUUGAAGAUUUGCGAGCUGCUGCUAAUAUUGUCAAGGGUCGUAAGGUGGCUGAUUGGGUCUAUGCUAUGGUUGUUCCUGGUUCUGGUCUUAUCAAAUUACAAGCUGAAAAGGAAGGUUUGGAUGUCAUCUUCAAGGAAGCUGGUUUUGAUUGGCGUGAAGCUGGUUGUUCCAUGUGCCUCGGUAUGAAUCCUGAUCAACUUAAACCUAAGGAACGUUGUGCUUCUACUAGUAAUCGAAACUUUGAAGGUCGUCAAGGUGCUGGAAGCCGUACUCAUUUAUGUAGUCCUGCUAUGGCUGCUGCUGCUGGUAUUAAGGGGUAUUUGACAGAUGUUCGUGAAAUGUUACCUACUGAACAAGUUCUCAAUACUACUAGUCGACAACCAGUGGAAAUUGAAAGUCCCAAACAAACUCUUGAAUCUGAUAAUAAUAACAAUAACUCAACACAGUCCAUCAGUACCAAUAAAACAGUCAGCAAGUCAAUUGGAUCAGAAUCAGCAUCUGGUAUGCCUACUUUUACAACAUUGAAAGGGAUUGCAGCUCCUUUGGAUAUCGCCAAUGUUGAUACGGAUAUGAUCAUUCCUAAACAAUUCCUCAAAACCAUCAAGCGAACUGGAUUGGGCAGCGCAUUAUUCUAUGCUUUAAGAUUUGAUCCUACUACGAAGGAAGAAAAUCCCAACUUUGUACUGAAUAAGGAGCCUUUCCGUCAAGCCAAAAUUCUGGUAUGUACUGGUCCCAACUUUGGAUGUGGAAGUUCUCGUGAACAUGCUCCUUGGGCUUUCAAUGAUUUUGGUAUCCGUUGUAUCAUUGCCACCAGCUUUGCUGAUAUCUUUUUCAACAAUUGCUUCAAAAAUGGUAUGUUGCCUUUGGUUUUAUCUCAAGAACAAGUGGAUGAAUUAGCAGCAGAUGCAAAGGAAGGAUUGGAAGUGGAAGUGGAUUUGGUGAAUCAAGUGGUCAAAUCUCCUCAUCAUGAAUUUAAGUUUGAUGUUGAACCUUUCCGUAAACAUUGUUUGGUCAAUGGUUUGGAUGAUAUUGGUUUGACUAUGCAAAAGGAUGACAAGAUUGCUGCAUUUGAAACACGUCGUACUGCUACUUGGCCUUGGUUGGAUGGUAAGAAUUAUACUGGACAAGCUACUAAGAUCAACGUACAUGAAGCCAAGAAACAAAAAUUGGAUUGGUAGAUUAUCAUUGGUUUAGAUUAUAUAUUAGUUUUUUAAUUUAUUAUUUAUCCUUUGAUCAUAUACAAUAAAUAAUAAAAAUUAGGAAAGAUCAAUAUUUAAAGUUUUUAGAUAUUGAAAAAUGGAUGAAACG